GCGACGGUGCAGAGCGCAGCACUUCCUGAUGAGUGGGCAUCACGAGCUUGGGCUGGCGAGUUGUGCCCCACACGACAACAAGCCGAACAGAGCGCAGCUGAGCAAGCUUUGAAGGACAUCAAAGAAGAUGCCGAGCUGAUGGAAAAGGCCCACAGACCAGGAAAGCCAGGUGGCAAAGGUCAAAAGACCAGCGGUGGUGGCGGCGGCGGCAACAAAGGAUAUUGGGGACAGAUGAUGCAGAUGAUGCAGACCUUCCUACAAGAGGGUGGUGAAGUGAUGUUCAGAGAACAGGUGACAUCGGAUUUUGUGACGGGAACCGUGCUCGAAUGGAAAGGCAAAUUUGGAUGGAUAAAGCCUGAUGCACCUGUGGACCACGAAUUCUCUACUUGGAGAGACGGGAAAGUUUGGGUCUCUCUGAAGGACCUGUCAGGCCAGGCUAUGCUAUAUACGUAUAGAUAUUUGCACACAUUCAACUACACAGAGUAUUUAUGUAAAAUACUGCUUGUUUGGCAGGCUAGACAAUUUUCUCUUUCUGAAGAAGUCAAUCAACACCCCAUAGUAAAUGCAAAGCAGACACUCUAUCUACAUGCAUAG